CUUGCCAGGAGCCCGCGAUCGGGUUCUGGAUGCCCCGGCAGCGGUUGCACAUCGUCAACGUGGCGGGGACUAUCGUCAUCAACUAAGAAGGGGACGCGCAGCCCUGCAGGUGCAAUGGCAUGGCUGACAAGUGUGAUCCGAAGACGGGUGCUUGCUUGAACUGCACGGGCGGCACGGGCGGGCCCACGUGUGCAGUAUGCGCGGAAGGCUACUUCGGCUCGCCCGAGACAGGCUGCCAGGCCUGCCCCUGUCCUGAUCGCGCCAAUAACUUCGCGUCGGCGUGUGCUAUGAGUGGCGGCCGGCUGCAGUGCUUGUGUAAACCUGGUAAGCUAUGUCUAGUAUUAUAUGCCGUGCCAGGGAUAUGUGCGCUGAGGCUACUUCGGGUCCCCCGAGACAGGCUGCCAGGCCUGCCCCUGUCCUGACCGCGCCAAUAACUUCGCGUCGGCGUGUGCUAUGAGUGGCGGCCGGCUGCAGUGCUUGUGUAA